GCUCAGAAUGGAGGGUGUACUAACUUUAUAUCAUUCUAAAGCUUUACCCGACCCAUCUAUAACUUCAAGAUAAGAAGAUUAGGCUGUGUGGCGCUUUAAACAGCAGGAACUGAGAGCAUUGUGCAGUUCAGGUUAUACAGGAGACAGAUGUGCUAACCGAUGUGCUACAGGAGACAGAUGUGCUAACCGGUGCUAUUUGAGAGCCUGUAGCUGUGAAAAGAUGGGCUGUUCAGUCCUGAUAUGCCUGGACUCCGCCUUGGUGUUCUGUUAGUGAUGAAGAGCUGCUAUACAAUUCUACUCCUUACUCUGUCUGUCCUGUACAGAGCUGAGUGUGUGUUUGGGAAGACGUUUGAGCACACGAAGCAGGAAUGGGAAAGGUAUCGGAAUGACUGCAUAUUGAAAAUCGCAUCAGAACCGACCCCCUCAGGUUUGUUCUGUAGGCGCAUGUUUGAUCAGUAUGCUUGCUGGACAGAUGGGCUUCCCAAUACCACAGUCAAAGUGCCCUGUCCCUGGUAUUUGCCCUGGCAUGAUCAAGUGCGCAGUGGGUUUGUCCUAAGGGAAUGUGGUCCAGAUGGCCAGUGGCACACAAACAACACCAGCCAUACCUGGAGAGACCACUCACAAUGUGAAGUACAUAGCAGCAACCACAAGGAACAAGAAGAACAGAUACAGGUCCUAACCUAUUUCAGGGUGAUGUACACCAUUGGCUACUCUUUGUCUUUGGCCAGCCUCACUUUGGCACUCCUCAUAUUACUUCUAUUUAGGAAACUGCGUUGCACCCGCAACUAUAUCCACGCCAACCUGUUUGCUUCGUUCAUCCUGCGUGCCGUGUCCAUCAUUAUACGUGAUGAUCUUCUCAGAAUAUACACUCCUGACUACCAAAACAGCAGUGCUUUUUCCCAUGCUCUCAGUAACCAGACAUUGUCUAGCUGCCGCAUAGCCCAAGCGGUAAUGGAGUACUGCGUGGGGGCCAACUACUUCUGGGUGCUAGUGGAGGGCCUGUACAUCCAUAACCUUCUGUUAUUCCUUGUACUCUCUGAGAACCACUACUUCUUUGGUUACCUUGCCCUCGGCUGGGUGACUCCUAUACUUUAUGUGGUGCCAUGGGUAGUAAUGCGUCACCUGUAUGAGAACACAUGGUGCUGGCAGAAGACUGAAAACAUGGCACAUUUGUUGAUAAUUGAAGCUCCUGUCCUCCUGGUUGUUUUAGUAAACUUGGUCAUUUUCAUAAGGAUUAUGCAGGUGGUUGUCUCCAAAUUAAAAGCAGACCGGAUGAGAUCUACAGACUAUCAGUUCAGAUUGGCCAAGUCUACUCUGAUCCUCAUACCCCUACUGGGAAGUCAUAAGGUGGUGCUUUCUGUGGUGACAGUGGAACAGACUGUUGGUCUACUACGACUCAUCUUGCUCUUCUUUGAACUCUUCUUCAACUCAUUUCAGGGUUUUCUGGUGGCCAUUUUAUACUGUUUUGUGAAUAAAGAGGUGCAGUCAGAAAUUAAGAAAAAGUGGCAUCGAUGGAAACUGGGAAUUAGUACCCUGGAUGAACAUCGCACCACCAGCAGCUAUGGAGUACAGGGGGCUACUGGACUUCAAGACCACGAAGACCAGCCAUGCCAGCUGGACUGUCCUGAGGAGAGUGGCAUCCACCUGAGCAUGGACCCUCUUCCAGCCUCCACACAAAUUCCCCUCCAUCACCACCAUCACCCAGGAGCAAAGAAGGGCAAGGCAUAUUGUUACAUUUCAGCCCAUAAGCAAGUGCUGAAUGGAGCAGACACACCAGCACUGGGCCAUUGUGAACUGGGAGUUGAAGGAUAUUCUGAUAGCUACUGCUAAAGCUUAGGACAAUGCGGAAAUAUAUGAGCUAUGAUCUAUAUAUGAUGAAAUAUAUAUCUAUAUGAUGUCUAUUAGGAUUUUCAGAGGCAUACAAAAUUAAAGAUGGAUGUAACUUAAAUUUUGUAAAAAAAAAAAAAAAAAAGUGCUUUGAAGUCAUUGUUAUUUAGUGAAUGAACCUCUAUGGUUUGGUAUUUGUAGAUAAACUUUUACCUGAAUACCAGCAAUCUGGAGGACCAACAGAGCAGUGUGAAACCUUUAACUUUUUCUAUUUUUAAAAGACUCAAAAAUAGGAGGGUCUAAAUUAAAAUAUCUCAAAUCAAUUGAUGUGACUGUUAGUCCACUUGUGUGUUUUUUUUUU